CACUAAAGCAUACUGUUUAGCUCUGGGCCCAGUGCUCUCGUGUCAGAACUGUCACGCCGAGACUACACCUCUUGAACCAGCUGCCUGCAUUGCUCAAUUGCCCCAGUGACAAGUUGACAUAGGAACCUAUUUUAGUCGAAGCCGGCAAAUUGGUGGCUUCAGGCUCGCAGGGGACAGCGCUGCAGAAUGGACACGCUGUUUUGACCGGACUGCCGUGAGGUGCCUGUGGGCCUCUUCCGGUGUAGCUAUGAAGCAGGCAUGCCUGCUGGGCGAGCUGCCGGCUCCUUGCCGGCGAGCUGCGCUGCUACGGUCGCAACCGCAUUUUCAGGCUGGCUCUCGCGCUGGGCGCCUCGUGCGUGUUGUCCCUACAACAGCAGCACCAGGCAGCGCCACUAGCAGCACUACCACCGCAACAGGGACUGCAGCGAGCGAUUUGCCUUUGACAGGCCGAAGCGGGAACGCGCACAACCCAGCGCUGCCACAUAAGCCCGGUUCCCCCGCACUUGCCACCGCCGCUGUCCCUCCCACCAGCGAGCCUUCAGCCGUGAUACAGGUCAGCAGCCUCAGCGCUGCUCAUUCGCAUGCCUCCGGCUCCGGCUCUGGCUCCGGCUCCGGCUCCGGUGCGGCCGCGACACCGCCCACACCGCAAGCUGCUGCCACGCAUGCCAACCCCUCACCUGCAGCGUCAGCAGGGGGGGUAGCAGGGGAGGCGAGCACCGCAGCGCCCACUGCGCCAUCCCAAGCGGCAACGACAGGAGCUGCGGCGGCGCCUGGUCCGUCAACAUCGGCGGCGCCAUUGGCAGCAGCUGCUACGCCAGUCGCAGCCGCCGCCACGCAACUCGGGGGAGCGGGUGAGGCAUCACCCUCGGCAGCAGCAGCGCCAUCAGCGGCGCCGGCUGGGACGUCCGGCCGCGCCGCCGCCGCCGCUCCCGUCGCCGCACCCACGCAUGCAGCGACCCCGUCUGCCGCUGCUGCGACAAUUGCGGUGGCGGCGGCCGCGUCGCCUGGGCGGCCGUCGCCCCCAACCUCGCCUGCAUCGCCGGGGCCAGCCACGGCCUCGGCGGCGCCGCCACCCGCGGCCGCUGCGGGACCCGUCGGGGCUGCGCCGGCGGCAGGCGGCAAUGGGACAGCCGGCGCCGCUGGUACGACUGCGUCCUCAGCGCCCUCCGCAUCGGCGGCGGGGCCCUCAGCAGCGGCCGCCGCACCUCCGCCCGCACCCGCACCUGCACCUGCCGCCGCAACGUCCUCGUCACCGCCCACAUCAACGGCGGCAGGGGCGUCACCCGCGCAACCCGCGGCCGCAACGGCCGCAACGGCCGCAACGGGAAAGGCGGCGCCUUCUGCGUCCGCGCCUGCUGCCGCUGCUCCCGUUGCCGCCAGUGCGUCUGCUGCCGCUGCUGCCUCGGGGGCCACCGCACCGUCCACACCCACCAAGGCGCCAUCAGCAGCCGCCGCGGCCACGGCCACACCGCCCUCACCCGGCGGCUCACCCGCAGCGGCGCCGGCCGCCGCGGCUGCGGCCGCACCAGCUCCGCCCGCCUCGCCCGGCUCUGCCGCUGCGUCGGCGCCGUCCUCGCCAGCCGGCAGCUCUGCGGCCGCGUCGCCCGCCGGCACUGCCAGCACCACUGGCACCACGGCCCCUGCCGCUGCCGCCCCGGCCGCUGCCUCACCACCGGCGGCGUCGGCACCACCGGCCACCACCUCGGCGCAGCCCGCCGCGGCCGCCUCGCCCUCAGCAGCGCCCGCCCCUCCCGCGCCGUCGCCGCCUCCUGGCUCCCCAGCUGCAGGCGGGGCCGCCGCCGCAGCAUCACCAGCAGCACCAGCAUCACCAGCACCAGCACCCGCCUCCUCUCCCUCUCCUCCCUCCUCCCCCUCCCCGCCCGCUCCCGCCGCCUCCACCGCGGCGGCCUCCACGCAGACGCCACCCUCUGCCCCCAGCCCCUCCUCCUCCUCCGCCUCCUCCAGCCCCGGCAUCUCCGCCGCCGCCUCGGGCUUCUCGCUGCGCCCCAUCCACGUGGUGGUGUUCGUGGCCAUAUUCGCGGGCGGGGCGCUGUUCGCGGCGCUGGCGCUGCAGUUCACCGCAGACCUGGACUACCAGGUGGCGCUGGCCACCGUGACCCGGCGCGUGACGCGGUCCGUGGCCUUCAUCAUCGGCGCCCCCACCGUGGUGUUCAACCUCAAGAGCCGCUUCUGCAAGGAGAACGCCUGGCAGUCCGAGAUGAACGGUGACGUGACGGCACAGCGGCGCUGGGAGGCGUACGACAAGCUGGGCACCUUUGUCAUCUACACCAUCACCUUUGUGCUGGGCAUCCAGGCGCUGGGGCUGGAGGUGACCUCCGUGCUGGCCAUCGGAGGUAUUGGUGGUCUUGCCAUCGGCCUUGCGGGUCGUGAGAUCUGUGAGAACAUCCUCAACGGCUUCCUCAUCAUGUCCACGAGCCCCUUCGAGGUGGGUGACGAGGUGCACUUCUUCCACUCCAACAAGAUCGUGGAGGGCAUGGUCCUGGACAUCGGCUGGUACCGCACCACCAUCCGCUCCUACGAGCGCGAGGUGUUCGUCAUCCCCAACGCCGUGUUCUCCAAGAACAUCGUGCUCAACAUCACGCGCAAGAACCGCGAGUGGCGCUUCUUCGAGCAGAUCUGCAUCCGGGUGCAGGACGUGCACAAGGCCAACGCCAUCAUCCAGGACAUCCGGCGCAUUGUGCGCAACGACCAGCGCAUCAUCACCAAGCUGCACCGCCGCAUCUUCCUGGACAAGGUCACACACGACGACUGCCGCAUCUACGUCUCCUUCUACGUCGAGGCCGCCAACCGCGAGUCCUUCAUGGCCGCCAAGCAGGACCUGCUGCUGGCCUUUGUGGACUGCGUGGAGCGCAACGGCGCCAAGCUGGCGGUGCCGCGGACCACGGUGUCCGUGGACCCCGAGGGCGCCACCGAGGCCUUCUCGCCGCUGGUGGGCGCCGCCGCCGCCAUGGCCGCAGCCAAGCUCACCAUGGACAUGCAGCAGGCGGCGGCGGCGGGAGGCGGCGGCGGCGGCGGCUCGCGCGCCGCGCUCACCGACGGGCGCAACAUCACCGAGGUCACCGUCACGGCCGUGCCCUCCACCUCCUUCUCCAGCGGCGGCUCGAGUGGGUUUGGCGGCAAUAGCAGCGGCAGCGGCGGCAGUAGCAGCGGCGGCACCACGGCCACGUCGACACGGGUGGAGAGCAAGCCGAGUAGCAGCAGCUCCAAGAGCGGGGGCGGCAGUAGCAGCGGCGGAGGGGGCGGUGGCAGCAGUGGCGCCGCGCCGGUGGUGGAGAAUGCGACGGUGGUGGUGGCGGCUGGCUCUGGCGGUGCGGCGGCCGUGGCGGGCAGCGCCAAGGACAAGGAACAAGGUGAGGAGUCCCCGGGGGCGGUUGCGCCCAGUGCUGUUGUCGGUGUGGGUAGCAGUAGCACUAGCAGCGGCAGUAGCAGCACGCCCGCAACCCCAGGCGGCACAGCCAAGCCCGCCGCCAACGUGCCGGUCAGCACUUCCACCGGCACCACCACCGCCACCAGCACUUCCACUGGCACCACCACCGCCACCGCUGCCGCCAGCACCACCUCCACGGCACCGGUGCCGCCAGCACCCAGCAGCGCGCCACCAUCCAACCCCACGCCGGUCGCUGCGGCUACAGCGGCGGCCGCCGCCGCGCCUGCUCCUGUCGUGGUGACGCUGGUCGACACCUCGAAUGAGGACGUCGGGCCCGCGCCCGCCACGACCGUUGUCACUCGUUUCAAGCCGCCGCCCGCCGCCGCCGCCGCCAGCUCUGCCGCCGCAGCGUCUGCGGCCGGUCCGGCUACCUCUGCUGCCUCCGCCGCCGCAGCCCCCGCAGCGCCGCUGCCUGCUGGUGCCUCAGGCCAGCGCCGGCCGCCGGCGGACAUGGUCACCGCCGAGGGCUUCGCAAGCUCUCUGGACGCAGACGACUCCUCAGAUGACGAGGAAGCCCCGCCCUCCGCCACCGCCCCUGCUAGUGCGACCGCCGCCGGCGGCGCGGCUGCUACUGCCGUGCAGCGGGCUCAGCCUCCGGCGGCGGCGCAAGCCUCCGCCGUCGCUGCUGUUGCUGCGCCUGUCGCGCGGAGCCAGCCGGCUGCUCCUGCACUGGCAGAUGGGGUGGCGGGCACGGCGGAGCAGGAGGAGGAGGACGGCAUUGAGGUGGACGCCGCGGAGCUGAAGGAGGAGGCGGCGCUGCUCGAGGCCGCCGCCGCCGCGGCCGGCAGCGAGGCCGCCGUCGCCAGCGGCGGAUGGCGCUGGAGCGUGGGCAGCGACGGCGUCAGCAGCAGCACCGCCGCCGCCGCCACAACAGCUAGCGUUGCGGCCAGUAGCGGCGUCAGCAGUCGUGCGGUGGGGAUCGCGAGCAGCAGCGGCGCCGGCGGCCGGACGGGUGGUGUGGUGGACGCGGCGGUCCCGGUGAGCAGCAGCGGCCGGCCGGAGGCGAGCUGGCGCCAGGCGGACGCCGCCGCCUCUGCUGAGCGCGCAUUCCGUGCCACCAGCUUCGGUGGCGGCGGCAGUGGCGGCGGCUGGGGUUUACCCGGCCGGCUUGGUGGCGGCCUGGCUGGCGGCGGUGCGGGCCGUGCCGCCAGCAGCACCACCGGCGAGGAUGAUGACGACGGCAUUGAGGUCAUCAUGGCCAGCUUUGAAGACAUUGAACCCAGCUCCGCAUCAGACACGGACGGAGGCGGCCCUAUCCCCGCCGGCAGCGGCAGCAGCAGCGUCAGUAGCAGCUUGGCGGCAGCGGCAGCGGCGGCGGCGGCACGGCCGGGCUUCAUGCGCUGGCUUGCGAGCGUCAUCUUUGAGGGCUGACCCGGCGGCCAGUGGCGGCAGCAGCGGCGGGAGUCGGAGCAGCGCCCACAGCCGCCGCGCGUGGCGAUCGGCCACUCGGGUGCCGCGGCCGCGGCUGCGGGAGCCGGUUCGCCUGCGGCGCUGCAGCGGCCGGGGUGCGCAGGGCGGCACAACGGGCAGCAGCGGCCGAGCUGUGCAUCGUGUGUUGUGAGGAGGCGGGGGCCGUUCAAAGGGCCGCCAGGGCAAAGGGUUGCGGUGCGCUGUGCGAUUGCUGCGGCACUGUCGGUCCUGGGGAAUGAAAUAAUCAUGCAUGCAUGCACACAUACCAACAUUGUCUUUUGACUUGGUGCUUACCUGGGAGAGACAGGCUGGGGUGGGCUGCUAGCUGCUCGUGCCGCAUUGGUUGUGUAGGGCUCGUGGCUGUUGUGUGUGAUUUCGCACGUACUUACUUAGCCUCAGCGAAUUCGUUCAUUACACGACUGCCGGUGAGAUGACCCCGGGCCUCAUGCGGCGUAUUCGGCAGACACAGGGGUGCGGAAGUCCAUCUCCGGAGCCCACCCAUAGCCAUCCGUCCAUGUAUUCAUGUGGAAGGAAGCGUGUUGGGCUCAUGGCGAUUGAACCAGUCGUGUGCCCACGUCUGUGUGCAGCGUGUGUCUGUGGAUAUGCAUAUGGCGCCGCAAAGGUCGCCAAGGCCGCACGUACGGCCCUGGCGUGGCGCCGCCCCCUGCCCCCUCUCGCAGCAUUACAUGCGGGCGGUGCGGGGAGGUGCGGCUGGCCGGCUGGCCGCAGUGGCGCACAGCGCUCGGCGCCGCUGCACGGGCCGCAGCGGUCGCGGCCUGCCGUGCGUCGGUGCGCCACGUGAUGUGUGUGAUGUGCGUGAGGCUCUGCAGAUCAGUGGGUGCGGUAGGGGCGUGCCAGGCACAGACACUGUGGUGUAUGUAGGGGUGACUUCAAGAAUUGCGGGUGUGUGCUGUCACUGCCGUGUUUGCAGUGGAGGCGGUGGCGGCAGUGGGCUUCGCCGCCUCUCCGCGUGAUAGCGGUGGGGUAGGCGCGUGGCUUGUCAUGUAGGCAUAGUAGGGAAGGCCGGCAUGCCCGCACUGCAAUUGAGAGUGUGCAUGUGGUGCGCGUUUUGGGUUUGACCAACGAUGCCGUAUUUGGGCCCGGGUGAUUCAGACAUCACCUGCAACGCAGUGUUGCGGGCACCUAAGUUUUGUGACACGCCACGCACAACCCUUCACGCACUCCACCCUGGGUGCGGUGCGGGUGCGGCGGUGCCCGUGGGGCGGGAGGGCAGCGCCGACUCUUCGGACACUUCCGGCACCCCACGUCUUGCUCGGCCCAAGCAGUUAUAGUUUUGAGCAGGCUGUAAAUUGUAUGCGUUCAUGCAGAUAGAAGCAGUGGUGUAGGUAGCGUGACCGCAGCGAGAACCUGGUGGUGCGUUGGCGACUACCGCUCAGGUGAGGUGCUGGUGUUCUUGUUCGGAGUGCUGUCGUUGAUGUGUUGUUUCAGGUGCGGGACGAAGGCGCCUCAUCAGGGUACGACAUGUGGAGGCGCGAUGGAAUGAUUGACAAGGACUGGUGGACUAGUGAGACUUGUGCAUUUGAUGCAUUUACGCAGAGUUACGUGUAACGUACAAUCAAU